CAGGCCAGAUGACUCAGCUAUGUGAGUUGAUCAACAAAAGUGGGGAGCUGCUGGCCAAAAAUCUGUCCCACCUGGACACGGUGCUGGGGGCCCUGGACAUCCAGGAGCACUCCCUAGGUGUGCUGGCUGUGCUGUAAGUUUCCACUAUAACUUUCUUCUCGCUGAGUUUCAGCACCACAGUGGAGCAUGUUUUCCUUUCCCUUCUUGAUCUAAAUAUUUUAGCGUGUUCUUCAGGCCCUGACUGUUUCCAGCACAUUUGGGUGUCUCAGGACGACUUUCAGCUUAGUAACUCACAAUUUCUCCUCUUCUGACAGCCAUUGAGGGGUGUCGUGGUCCUAAAACAGGCAAUAGACAAAAUGCAGAUGAACACAAACCAACUUACCUCAGUUCACGCAGACCUGUGUCAGCUGUGUUUGUUAGCAAAGUGCUUCAAGCCAGCCCUGCCCUUUUUGGAGGUGGACAUGAUGGACAUCUGCAAGGAGAACGGAGCCUACGACGCAAAGCACUUUUUAUGUUACUACUACUAUGGUGGCAUGAUCUACACGGGCCUCAAAAAUUUUGAAAGAGCACUGUAUUUUUAUGAACAGGCAAUAACCACUCCAGCCAUGGCAGUGAGCCACAUCAUGUUGGAAGCCUAUAAAAAAUACAUCCUGGUGUCACUUAUUCUCCACGGCAAAGUGCAGCAGUUGCCCAAAUACACUUCACAAAUAGUAGGGAGGUUCAUCAAGACAGGCACAAAUCCAAAGCACCAGCUAGCCAGACAAUCCAGAGUACUGAGAGCUUCUUUACUGAGGUUAAAGAGACGUUCGUUGAGUUGUCAAGGGAUUUAUUUGAAACAAACUGGAGUUUAGAUGGCGGGCUUUUGCCCAUUCACUAGAUCUGAUAUCGGUUUUUCCUCUGUGCGAACCCCACAGACCUUCCUGACACUGUCUUUGCAAGAUAUGGCGAGUCGAGUGCAGCUUUCAGGCCCGCAGGAAGCAGAGAAAUACGUCUUACACAUGAUUGAAGAUGGUGAGAUCUAUGCUAGCAUUAACCAAAAAGAUGGUAUGGUCUGCUUCCAUGACAACCCUGAAAAAUACAACAACCCAGCAAUGCUCCACAAAAUUGACCAAGAGAUGUUGAAAUGUAUACAGCUGGAUGAGAAACUAAAGUCUAUGGAUCAGGAAAUCACAGUAAACCCACAAUUUGUGCAGAAGAGUAUGGGAUCGCAGGAGGAUGAUGUCGGUAGCAAAACGUCUAGUUAUUCCUGAGGGGCCUUGGAUGGGGAGAGAACGCUGCAGCCACCCAACACGUUCUUCCCAGGAUGAGUUGGAUUUUUUUAAAAGAGGAAAAACAAACAUUCUAUCUCACAUAAGGACAUUGGUCAAGGAAAAUCUAAUUGUGUGGAAUGAUGAUAAAUUUGGUUAUUCUUACUUCACAGUGUCUUAAGGAUAACGUGAGAUCCUUACAGAAAAAGGAGGAAAAAAAGAAAAAAAAUUACAAUUUUGUCAGUGUUUUAUUUAUCAAUGUUCAGGUUGAAGCGCCACUGCUACAUUAACAGAAAUCACAAUAAUAAAAACUGGACUUAUUUGUUCCAAACGUA